AUGGCAUGUAAUUCUCCACUUUGUGGCAUAUGCGAUUCCAAACAAAAGUGUGUACCAUCAACAGCAUGGUGUUUUGAAUGUAAUGCAGGACUCUGUGGGGAAUGUAAGGAACUUCAUAUCCUGAAUAAAGCAUCGAAAAGUCAUGGUAUUAUUCCUGUAAACGAAUUUCAAAAGUUACCUGUAAGUGUCCUCCAACAUGAAGAAACCUGCAAAUCACAUGGUGAUCGAUACCAAGCUUUCUGUGAUAAACACGAGUGUUCUUGUUGUUCAAAGUGUCUCAUAGAAGACCAUAAGAACUGCAAAGAUCUCACAGACAUAAAAGAUGUCGUCUGCAUGAUAAAGUCGUCCAACAUGAUGUUAGAAAUCGAAAAUUCAAUGCGGGAAGUUACUGCUGAUUUAAAAAGAAUUCAAAAGAAUCGCGCAGGAAAUCUAUCGUCUUUAAAACUACAAAGACAGGCGAUUAAAAAAGAAAUUCAGAAAGCUAGGCAUGUAGUGAAUAACCACUUCGAUCGUCUUGAAAGAACAUUUAUUGAAAGAACUCCAUAUAAUCGAAAAUAA